CUUAAAAAGAACAUGGCUGCCAUGAUGGCGGCCCUUUGCGUUCGAAAAUUGGGAGUUUUCCAACCUUUUAAAUGUCUGCCAGUGCUUGUUAUACAGAGCCGAACAGCAGCCAAGAAGUCUGCAGGUCAUACAAAGAAUCGUCAGCAUCACAAUAGAAGAAGAAAAGGCAAAGGAUAUGGACCAAGGAGGACCGAAGGAGAACGUGUCACACCAGGGACAAUGCUUUUGAAGCAGAAAAAGACAGAGGUCAAAUAUCACCCAGGAUUAAAUGUAAGUUUAUAUGGUUUACAGCAACAGCAGUGA